AGCGCCCUCCUGCCACCGGUUCCCGUCAGCCGGCGCCGGGUCGCCCCUCGUCGGGUUUCCGCCGGUGUCGCCGGGGGCGGAUAAAAGGAGGCGCCGUGGACGAGGCUCAGAGCGCGGCGCUGCCCCCGCCCGGCCGGCCCCAUGCAGCCCGCCAUGAUGAUGUUCUCCAGCAAGUACUGGGCGCGGAGGGGCUUCUCGCUCGACUCGGCCCUGCCGGAGGAGCGCCCCGCCGGCCUCGCCCUAAACAGAUCGAGUUCUGGGAAGAACGAGGAAAAGAAAGGGAAUAAGGGGAAUGGGAAAGGUGAAUUGGCUUCUGAAGGUGGAAAGACAGCUGUGGUGUUUUCCUUGAAGAAUGAAGUUGGCGGGUUGGUGAAAGCUCUCCGUCUCUUCCAGGAGAAACAUGUCAGUAUGGUUCAUAUUGAAUCAAGAAAAUCGAAGAGAAGGAACUCGGAGGUGGAAAUUUUUGUGGACUGUGACUGCAGUAAAAAAGAAUUUAAUGAACUAAUCCAGUUGCUCAAGUUUCAGACUAAUAUCGUGUCUCUCAAUCCACCAGAAAACAUCUGGACCGAUGAGGAAGAUCUUGACUGUGUCCCUUGGUUCCCCAGGAAGAUAUCUGAAUUAGACAAAUGCUCACAGAGAGUUUUGAUGUAUGGAUCUGAGCUCGAUGCAGAUCACCCUGGAUUUAAAGACAAUGUCUAUCGACAGAGAAGAAAGUACUUCGUGGAUGUUGCCAUGAGUUAUAAAUACGGUCAGCCCAUUCCCAGAGUGGAGUACACAGCUGAAGAAAUUAAGACAUGGGGGGUGGUAUUUAGGGAACUCAGUAAACUCUAUCCCACCCAUGCUUGUCGUGAAUAUUUAAAAAACUUUCCUCUGCUGACGAAGUACUGUGGAUAUAGAGAGGAUAAUGUGCCUCAGCUGGAAGACGUUUCUAUUUUCCUUAAAGAAAGGUCUGGCUUCACAGUGAGACCAGUUGCUGGAUACCUCUCUCCCCGAGAUUUUUUAGCUGGCUUAGCGUACAGAGUCUUUCACUGUACUCAGUAUAUACGACAUGGCUCAGAUCCUCUCUACACACCAGAACCGGAUACGUGCCAUGAACUCUUGGGACAUGUGCCUCUACUUGCUGAUCCCAAGUUUGCCCAGUUUUCGCAAGAGAUAGGACUCGCCUCACUGGGAGCAUCUGAUGAAGAUGUUCAGAAAUUAGCCACCUGCUAUUUUUUUACGAUUGAAUUUGGCCUUUGCAAGCAAGAAGGACAGCUACGUGCUUAUGGGGCAGGACUUCUGUCUUCUAUCGGAGAACUAAAGCAUGCUCUCUCUGACAAGGCCAAGGUGAAAACAUUCGAUCCAAAGACAACCUGUUUGCAAGAAUGCCUUAUCACCACAUUUCAGGAAGCUUACUUUGUUUCAGAAAGUUUUGAAGAAGCCAAAGAAAAGAUGAGGGACUUCGCUAAAUCAAUCAACCGUCCCUUCUCUGUGUAUUUCAAUCCAUACACGCAAAGCAUUGAGAUUCUGAAAGAUACCAGGAGUAUAGAAAAUGUUGUCCAGGACCUCCGCAGUGAUCUAAACACUGUAUGUGAUGCAUUAAGUAAAAUGAACAGAUACUUAGGGAUUUGAUAUGUGUGGCAUUGUGAUUUGCUGUCAGCUGCUUUUUCUGUAGCUAGUCUAGUAACAUCACAUGAUAUGGAUAACUUUUCAAACCCAUCAAUUUUCCCUUUUCAGCUUGACCUGUGGCUUGCAACAUUGUGUAGCUCUGUCUAAUUGUAAUAUGCAGGCAAACCAAGGCAAUGCUAAUUUGUAAACUCAACAUGGAGUGUGGCAGAAUAUAACCAGCAAUUCCUCAACACAAUGUCGUGUACAAGUACACCAGUAAAAGCUUGCCUGACAGUGGUUUUGUUUCCUUAAGAUGAUUCCCUUUGAUGUAUAAGAAAUGGUGUUGCUGAUUUCAUUAAGUCUGAGUUUAUUUCUUUGCAAUCCCUUUCCUCCCUUAAGAAUCCAGAAAAAAAGCAUUCGCAACAUUUUCCAUUUUCUUUGUAAGAGAAUCUGUAUUUCUUUCUACAGUGGUGAAGACAGUGUUUUGCCCAUAUAUUUGUAACAGAACUGAGUGUCUCUUGUGACUGAACAAUGCAAUUUAUAUACCAAUGCAGAGAUCAGGAAGGCUAUGUAAUAGUACAAAAAGGUCUGUAGAGGUUACAGAUUAUGAGAAUUUACAACUGACAAAUGUUCAAUGUCGCUGAGUAACUGCAAAACAAUAAAAACAAACAAACAAACCAACCUCUGACGAUUCAUGCAGAAAGGUAGUGGUAGUUCAUACAUGUAUUACCUGUGACAAUCCUGAGCAUACUUCCACUGCAGGCGUUAUCUGGAAACAAGAGCAAAAGUGCCUGUGUUAAUUCCAGGUUGUUAGAUGUGAAUAUAAAGCCCUUCUACAUCAUUGUGUGCCUUCUGCAUUCCCUUUGAGCAUAGUCCUCUAUUGCAUUUCAUGCAUAAUUUGCCUUUCCUCAUUAUCCCACAUUCAACCUUGACAUGGGCAUGCAUGACUGAGUCUACAUCGUAUCAGUACAUAUAAAAAGGUGAAUAUGGAAGUUGUUACUUAAUUAUAGUCAAGAUGAUUAUCAGGUAGUAGAUUACUUGUGGGGUGAUUAAAUCAUAGAGACACCCAAGCUGCCUAGCUUGUACCAGAUGGAUGCAGGUAAUGCCUGAGUUAAUAAACGCUAAGUUAGCAAGCUCUGACAGAAGUACAAGCUCUGUCUGGGGAGCACAGCAUAGAAAUAUUUGAGCUAGCUCUUAUCUGGAAGAAAUAAUUAUGCAUGUCUUUCCUUUAUCUGAGUUAUUCUAUUCUCCUAUUAGCCAAGAUAAUGGAGAGUUGACUAUGCUGUAUGGACCCUUCUUAAUGGAAACCACAUGGCUUAUGCAGAUCAUGUCAGUGUGGGUGAAAAUGUCAUGGCUUGUCUACAUAUAUGGAAAACAGAUAUCUAUUGAAGCUGCUCUCCCAGCUGAAAGAGUCAUGCAGAUACUCUUAAAAGUUGCUAGCAAUUUCAGCAUAAAGAGAGCACCACUUGAUAGUAUCAGCACAUCCUUAAAUAAGAGGCAAUCUAUAAGGAUAAUUUUCAUAGGGAAAUCUGCUACCUCCUCAAAGAUAACUAUGAGAUAACAGAAAAUGCUUUUUUCUCUGGAUGGUCCCUGCUGCAUUCUAAUUCUGCUGUUAAUAGGGUGUGGAAAAAUCUAGUUUUAGAUUUAACUGUGACUGCCACUGUUACAAAUGAAGAGCUGUUGAAUUAUCCCAUGGGGAUCAGCAUGGUGGAGGAGUUUUUUAACUUCCUGACAUUAGUGCUGACUCCAUUAACUAGUACUUAUCACAGAGGAGUUGUCGGCAACCUUGGUCUGGAAGUUUCUCCCUCUUUCUUUCCAUGGAAUUUGAUGAACCCCUUGUAGCCCUUUCUGGAGAAAAUGGACUGAACUGAUAUUUGCUUUAGCUGGUCUGAAAAAUCAUUGCACAAGAAAUAGUAGAACUUAAUUAAUUCUAGACCUGGCAAAGUAUUGUUGCGUGCUUAAGUAAAAUAAAACCAUGAGGAGUAACAAAGAUACAAAGCUUGCAAAGUUAUUGAGAUUUUCCUUUGAAUCUGAAUUACACAGGAAGGCUUAAAAUACUGAUAAUAUCUGGAUUUUUUCGUUACUUGCCUGAAUAGCUUAGAAUAAGAAUUCUACAGACAUAAAACAAUAGAAGCCUAUCUUUGUUUUGUUUUGUACUGUUAACGAGUAAAUCUUAUUAUGGAUUAGGGACAAACCCUUGAAAUCCAAUAGUCAUUUUAGGACUAACGAUGGCAAGGAAACUGUCUACAAUGAAGAUAUAAUGUCAAUGAAACAGAACAUUGUCAAAGGAUAAUGGGAUCCUGCUGCUAGAUAUAUGCUUAAUCCAAUGAUUUUAUUUCUAUUAUACAAGAUGAUUAAAAAUAAAUUAAAUAUAAUGAGCUGAGGAAUAAUAGUGAUUUAGAGAGACAAUUGCUCAUUGUUCUUACAUAGUAAAGCUGUCUUCUUACAGGCUACAGGGCAAACUUGCUUUGGGCUUCAGCCAGUCAGGAACAGGGACUUGGAAAGAAGGCUUUAAAAAGUGCACUAUUGCACUUUUAUGAAUCAAAUAGUUCCAGCUUAGCUGAAAUUCUUCUCUGCAGUUUUUAUUAGCAAAUUAAGAUCAGCCAUGCAGCAAUCUCCUUGGAUGACAAGCUCAUUUAGGCAUAAUGAGGGAAUUAUUGACAGUUAUCAAAUUACACUAACGUUUCAUUUAAAAUAGGCCAUAUUUAUCUAAGGUGCUUGUUUAGCUUUAGUGAGCUGGACUCUGGAAAUUGGACUUCUUGCUUAGGCUCAUUUAUUUCCUGUGUAAUUCUGAACUGAUGCUUUAUGGGUCUGAGAUAUAUGUUCUUGCUUUGCCUGCACAGAGUAAAUGGGCCCGAGCUUAAUGAAUGUAAAGCAUUGCAGUGUUUACUACCAUGCAAAGUCUAAAAUGAAAAACAGCACUCUGAGACAUUGCAGCAAAUACAAAUACCAAGUUUCAUUUGCAAGCCAA